AUGCUUCGCCGCCUGAUCUCGAAUCUGGAAGCGAUGGAAGCUGCACAAGAUGGGCAAACUGAGCGGCAAGCUGAGCGGCAAUCUGAUCGGAGAGUGCAACGGCAAGCUGGGCCACCUACCGGUGAGCGACAAGAUUCGUCCCGGAGCAAAAAGCCAGCAAAGCCUCACCUGCGGCUUUGA